CUACAUUCUUACAGAGGUUUUUGUAUUUCAAGUUCAAAGCUUUCCUAGAAGUGCCUACAGUGUUAAUCUGUUAGUCAAAAAGUUAUAACUAGUUAGAGAUUUGAACUUUCAACACUCAAACUGCCCUUGUUUGUGCCUUUUUUUUUUUUUUAAUCUUUGACCUAUAAAUGUUGUAGCAGUACUUUGCUUAAUUUCUUUUGUAUUCAAAUAGCCCGGAAAUCACAACGAAACAGUUCAGCUUUUAGUGGCCGUAGCCUUUUUAUCUUUACCAUAUAAUUCUAGUUCUUUUCUGAUAACACUUGUUGCCUCUUAAAUAACUGUUGAGUGUUCUUGAGAAGAAAGAUGCAGAAGCCUCCACAAUCAGUAGACUUUGCCCUAAAGGAGACCUGGCCCAAUAUCGGGGCAGGAGCUGUCACGGGUGAUAAGCUUUCGUGUGCCUAUGACCUUGUUGAGCAAAUGCAAUACCUCUAUGUUCGAGUUGUCAAGGCCAAGGAUUUACCUGGAAAAGAUGUCAUUGGUAGUUGUGAUCCCUAUGUUGAGGUUAAACUUGGAAAUUACAAGGGAACUACUAAGCAUUUCGAGAAGAAGAGCAAUCCUGAAUGGAAUCAAGUAUUUGCUUUCUCCAAAGAAAGAAUUCAAGCUUCUGUUUUGGAAGUGUUAGUGAAGGAUAAGGAUGUUGUUAUAGAUGAUUUAAUCGGCAGGGUUAUGUUUGAUCUCAAUGAAAUUCCAAAAAGGGUUCCUCCAGACAGCCCACUGGCGCCACAGUGGUAUAGAUUGGAAGAUAGAAAGGGUGAUAAAGCUAAAGGAGAGCUCAUGCUGGCUGUUUGGAUGGGCACUCAAGCAGAUGAGGCAUUUCCUGAUGCAUGGCAUUCAGAUGCUGCAUCGGUUGGACCUGAUGGUGUUACAAACAUCCGAUCGAAAGUGUAUCUUUCCCCCAAGCUUUGGUAUGUGAGGGUGAAUGUGAUUGAAGCUCAAGACUUGGUACCUAGCGAUAAAACAAGGUUCCCUGAAGUUUUUGUGAAAGCUGUUCUCGGAAAUCAUGCUUUGAGAACUAGAAUAUCUUCAAGUAAGACUAUCAAUCCAAUGUGGAAUGAGGACUUAAUGUUUGUAGCUGCUGAACCUUUUGAGGAGCCUUUGGUUCUAACUGUGGAAGAUAGGGUGGGAUCAAACAAGGAUGAAACCUUGGGGAAGUGUGUAAUUCCUUUGCAUUUUGUGCAAAGAAGGUUGGACCAUAAACCUGUGAACAGCAGGUGGCAUAAUCUGGAGAAACAUGUGAUUGUGGAUGGAGUGAAAAAAGAAAUAAAAUUUUCCAGUAGGAUUCACUUAAGGAUCUGUUUAGAAGGAGGGUACCAUGUUUUGGAUGAAUCUACACAUUACAGUAGUGAUCUUAGGCCAACAGCAAAACAGUUAUGGAGACCCAACAUUGGAAUUCUGGAACUGGGUAUUCUAAGUGCUCAAGGGCUGAUGCCAAUGAAAACAAAAGAUGGACGAGGAACCACAGAUGCUUAUUGUGUAGCUAAGUAUGGGCAGAAAUGGGUCCGGACAAGGACAAUUGUUGACAAUUUUAUGCCAAAGUGGAAUGAGCAAUACACUUGGGAGGUUUUCGACCCUUGUACUGUCAUUACGGUAGGGGUUUUCGAUAAUGGUCAUAUACAUGGGGGAGCUGGAGGGACAAAGGAUGAGAGAAUUGGGAAGGUAAGGAUUCGGCUGUCUACGCUUGAAGCUGAUAGGGUCUAUACUCACUCGUAUCCUCUUCUGGUGCUACAUUCUUCAGGGGUUAAGAAGACAGGCGAAGUUCAAUUGGCUGUGAGGUUCACCUGCUCAACUUUGAUUAACAUGCUGCAUAUGUAUUCACAUCCACUGUUGCCUAAGAUGCACUACAUCCACCCAUUGUAUAUGGUUCAGCUUGACAGCUUGAGGCACCAGGCUAUGCAGAUUGUCUCAAUGAGGCUGAGCCGGGCCGAGCCACCUCUGAGGAAGGAAGUUGUGGAGUACACGCUUGAUGUUGAUUCACACAUGUGGAGCAUGAGGAGAAGCAAAGCAAACUUUUUCAGAAUUAUGGGCGUUCUAAGUGGGUUGAUUGCAGUUGGAAAAUGGUUUGAUCAAAUCUGCAAUUGGAGAAACCCUCUUACGACCGUUUUGAUUCACAUCCUUUUCAUUAUAUUGGUUCUUUAUCCUGAGUUAAUACUUCCCACAGUUUUUCUCUACCUUUUCCUAAUUGGAAUCUGGAACUACCGUUGGAGGCCACGACACCCUCCUCACAUGGACACUCGGCUCUCUCAUGCCGAUGCUGCCCAUCCUGAUGAAUUAGAUGAAGAGUUUGAUACCUUCCCCACUUCUCGGCCUUCGGAUAUUGUCAGGAUGAGAUAUGAUCGUCUAAGAAUAAUAGCAGGGAGAGUGCAGAGUGUGAUUGGUGAUCUGGCCACUCAAGCGGAAAGAUUUCAGUCUCUGCUAAGCUGGAGGGACCCAAGAGCAACCACUCUAUUUGUGACAUUCUGUUUGAUCGCUGCCAUAGUUCUAUAUGUUACGCCAUUCCAAGUUGUGGCUCUUCUCAUAGGCCUCUAUGUCCUAAGGCAUCCCAGGUUCCGCCACAAACUUCCAUCUGUACCUCUUAACUUUUUUAGGAGGUUGCCUGCAAGAUCGGACACUAUGCUAUGAGCGCAACCAGCGAUUAUAUGUUCCUUCUUUUCAUUGAAUAUCUAGUUAUGCAAAUAUCAAAGCAGGGUAAAAGAAGCGGCAGUUGGAGCUCUUCAGUUGGAGGCAAAUGCAUGGUUCUAUUGUAAUGUGUAAUUUUCAUCUGGCUUAUUUAGUAAAUUUCAUGCAACUGUAGCCUCUUUUUAUGUUGUUUAUGGCAAUCUGUUGUCAAUUUCUAGAUUGCAAC